CCUCCUCCUCCUCCUGAGCAGACUGGGGAUGUGAGAGAGACCCGGAGGAGAUGGAGACCUUCAUCCAUCUUUACUCGGAUGUAACCGAUUUUGGGAGUGAAGCCAACAUGUGACUGACACGAUGCGUCAGCAUUAGGUUAUUUCCAACAUAAACACUUGUUUAGCAUCAGAAAACUUCAGAGGAUCCUACAACGUCCUAGUUACCCACAAUGCAGUCCACCUCUCAGGCUCCAAAGCCACGGCGUUUCGACGCUAGCAGGCGGACCGCUACCUCAGCUGGAUCAAAGUUUCACGGUCCUAGUUUUCAGAAGGAAGAUAAAAAUAUGAACACAAUCACCGCAACCUCCACUCGGCGGGUUACUAAAACCCCCGCUGCCCCCUCCAGGACCAGGGCUGGUGUGCAGCCGCGAGUUCCCGUAAUCCAGUCCAGGCUGAGCUCACAGAAACAGGGACCCGCCGUGUCCAGGUUGGCUAAGCCCAAACCUAAAGGUGCUCGCGGAUCUGCCGUAGCCCCAACCUCAGCCGAGGCAGCUCCCCCUCCUCCUCUUCCUCUCCCAUCCGUUCUACCCCUCGACCCAAACUGCAACGAGCCGAGCCUCCCGUGCCUGUGCUGCGAUGGGCGCUCCCCGCAGGACAACAACAGCAUGUUCAACCACAACCACAACAACAACAACACCAUCUCUCUCAGGCAGCAGAUGCAGCUGCCGCCGCCGCCUGCCCCAUUGCCACAGAGGCACGAUGGGACAGCGGCCGCGGAGGAGCUCCCCUCUCUACCGCAGGCCCACAUGGAGCCUCCUGCCAACCCUGACGUGAAGAAUGAUGUGAAGAAGGCAGAUGAAAGCGCUGGAGUAGACAACAAGAAACAGGUGGAAGAGGAAGAUGAUGGCGAAGAGAGCAGCGGAGACGUUGCUAUCGAGGAGGAGACAGACAGUGAUGACGACGAUGAUGAUGACGAUGACACGUUGGUGCCGUCGUGCUGCGACUGCCCACGGUCCCUGUUGGAGUUCUCGCUCUCCUCGUCUACCUCCUCAUCCUCCACGUCCAUCAGCUCCUGCUCUGACCUGGAAUCUGACGGCACAGACCUGUCUAUCUGCUCCUCCCAUGAUCAGGACAAUCUCUCUGUUGCCCUGGACCCCAAAGACCACUUCCUGAAUCAGGUUCCCAAGUUCCAGCUUCCUCCACGAGUACCUGCAUCACUUCCUGUCAACCAAAAUCCUUUCUCAUUAAUAUCACGUUCCCCAAAUGCUCUUUGUUCCCCAGAUGAGGGCUACCCUUCUGCACUCGACUCACCCUCUCCAGACUACUUAGGACUGAAAGAUGACUCGGAGGUUAACAAAUUAGACUUGCUGGAUUUUCUGGAGUCUGUGGGGGAGUUUGGGAAAAUGGAGCGCUUCAGUCAGGUGAUCCAAGUGGCCCGUUGGGAUCUGGAAGGGGAGCAAAACUGGGACGUCCUGAGGGAUCGCUUGGAUCAUUUGGAUCGUUUGGAAAAGGUGAACAGGGAGGUGAAACUGGCGUACGUCGCCAGACUUCACGAGAAGGGGUUGGAUCUUGGGGAUCUAGAGGAACAGGGCCUCACGGAUGUCCUGGAUGAAAUGGGGAACAUAGACAUCCCCUGGAAGUUGUAUAAAACCCAGAGCGGGACUAUGGGUGGCUCCCAGGAGUUUUCCGAUGCCGGGGUCGACCUGACUGCCCCGUCAGACACAGAAGAUCCUCUUGUUCCUGAUUCCCUCACCCCGUCCCCCAAGGAGCCACCACCCAGACCUCCAAAGCCACCGGCGCGUCACUCCAGCGUGACCUCCGACCUCCACACCUACAUCAACAUCAGCAGAGAGACAUCCUCCACGAGUGUCUCCACCUCCCCUACUUUGACCACUUUCUCCCCAAACUCCUCAUCCCCCACAUUCACCACAUUUAGAUGUGAGAAGCCCCUCCCCCUGUCUCCACCAUCCGUCCCACCUCUCCCUGCCUCGAAACCCAUCCCGUACCUCUCCCUCUAUACCACUCCUUCUCCUCCUCCGUCCAUCCCCACGCCAACCCCUCCAAUCCCACCGCCCAGAAAGCGACACCUCGCUCGGAAGGAAGCCCAGCGCCUCGCCGCCCUUCAAGCCGAACAGGAGAAGACCCCUGUCUCCCUUCCGCCACCCACCACACGGCCUCCUCCUCUGCCUCCUCCACCUGCUAUCUCAGUUACGUCCUCCUCCUCGCCACCUGCCUUGCCUCCCCCGCCUUCCUUUCAUGCGCUGGAUGUGGAGAUCCGGAAGCUGCUGAUGCUCGCCGGGUUGACGCAGGCCGAGCUCCUCAAACUCAGUCCUGAGCUCGGCGUCUGCGUCGGGGGCUUGGAGGAUGAAGAAGAGGGAGAUAAUCAUGUUACGUCUACACCUCUGGAGCUGCAGGAGUUCAGGUUACGAGACGGGGAUGGGGAGUGUGAAUCUGACGCAAACAGGUUCGAUGGAGAUGGAAGAGUGCAUCCAUCUGAAGGCAGCGGUAAGAAGGAGGAGAACGCACAAAGAACUACUUCUUUUACUGAGAUGGCAAGAAGAAGGAGGAGGAACACCGGUCUGAUGGCGGACCAGUACUACAGCUCAAGUUUUAUCAAAGCACACGAAGCUAUGAACGUUGGGACUUUCCGUUACCCCAAUGAGGUACCAGAUUCUCCCCCGCCUCCUCCUCCACCUCGCCCUUUACCACCCAUUCCCCCUUCUCUUAAAGUUAGCACCUUACCCGCCAACUCUAAGCAGCCUGAGCGCUUUGACUGGCUCAUCGCAUUCACACCAGAAUGUGACGCCCCUCCACAACUCCCAACCACGGAGAAAAGAAAACCUCACAUGGAAACCCCCAAAAAGUCCUCUUCGUCAGGUUCGUCUCCUGGUUCAGGUCCAAAAGUGACAACCUUCAAAGAGCUGCGCUUCCGCAACAAGAGCGCCUCCCCUCCCACGAAGAUGAUCAUUGAACCCGAUCCCGACCCCUCCGUCGUCACCCCCGAUCCGGAUAUACUCUACAACUUAAAGUGGAGGAGAGAGAAGGUGGGCAGCGACGGCCACCAGUGGGAGUACACCUCGCAGGCCCAAGCCCUGUUCAUGCAGCCGCCGCCGGCCCUCACCUCUAUGGCCGCCCUGCAGGAGAUGCUGCAGAGAGCCGACCAGGAGGGCGGGCAGCCGGAGCUGUGCCCGUCGCAGAAGAUGGGCUGCUCUGCCAGCGACAGCAGCCUGUGGACUGUAGGCAAGCAGAGGGAGAGGGGAGACAUUCAACAGGAGAAACAGGAAACCAAGGAAGAGGAGGAGGUGAAGGUGAGAGGCCAGGCUGAUGGAGGGAGAACUUUGGAAUCAAGAACUACAGCCUCCUCGCCGCCGCUUUCCCCCGCUCGGUCCUCCCAGCCUUACUUCCUGCACCCUGCCCUCCCUUCCUCCUGCAGCUCGCAGCCCCUCGUAGACCUCCGGUCUCAUGUAGGUGCAGACGACGAGUGGGGCCGUGCCGCCUGCUCGGCUCGCAUCCAGGAAGAUGAGUCAAUCUUUGGAUUUGACGAUUCUCUGGUGGAUCUCAGUGCCGACGUUUCCCACUGGGUGUCCGGGUCCAUCAGUGACUCUAAACCCAACAGAGGAGACUUGUUAUCUGAGUCGUUGUGUAACUUUGACUCCCUGUACAGCAGGGAUUCAGAGAAGAGAGGAACAGGGUUUAGUGGCGCCGCUCAGGGGGUUGGUAGCACCACGCCGUAUAAGAAUAUAGACGUCAUGAUGAUGUAUUCAGACGGCGUCGGUGCUGUGGAUUCUCUGCACUCGGACCGUAAUGCCACCAGGGCCAGAACGUACAAAGAGCUGCCCCCCCUCCCCGCAUAUUACCUGUACUCCCCCAAAAACUGCCCCCUUCACCAAGGCGCACCCCCCCGCCUCUCCCCCGUCGGUGCCCUCUCCCCUCCCCGGCGCUGCGGAGUGAUGGGCUCCCGCCUCAACUCCCCUCUUUCCCCCCGCUCCCACACCUUACCCGCCCUCGCUGCUCCCCUCUACUACCCCAACCUCUACCCCCCUAUUCCUCCCAGACCUCCCCCCUUACCCCCAAAACUCCACCAGGGUCCUCUGCAGUCACAUGUGGCCACUGUUCGCAGCGUGUCGUACGCCGGCUCCGUUCAGAACACACCCUGGAUGGGUGAAGGUGUGGAGCACCUGGCCCGUGGUCUUGGCCUGACUUCUCUGUUCCAGCAGGACAAAAAAGGCCUUAUCUGGAGACAGCACUAUAAAUCCAUCUCUGGGCCGUCUGGUGCUGCAGUGCCUCUGCCCCGCCCUGCACAACUUGCUGACCGACGGCUUGAAAGCCCACCAGAGUGACCUCAUUUCAGGCAGGAGGCCAAACUCCGCCUGGGGUCUUGUCCAGGCAACGACGAGGCCAGGUCCUAAAACCCAAGCCUUAUUCAACCUGCAGGUCCGGGUUUCUGAGCUGCCUCAGCUCAGACAGAGCAAGCACAGGUUUAACGCCUUCCUCCUCGGUCUGCUAAACACUAAGCUUCUGGAUUUCUGGCUGUCUCACCUCCAGUCUUGCAGCGAUGUCCUCGAGGCGUAUUACCAUCCCUGCUCCUUCAUGUGUCUGUCGCUGACCGCCUGUCGACCUCUGUUCGACGAGCUGCUCCUCGUGUUGCAGCCUCUCAGCCUGCUCACCUUCAACCUGGACCUGCUCUUCCAGCACCACCACCUGGAGCCGGAUGCUCCGAGGCCAGAAAUACACAGCCCUCCUCUCCAGGAGCUGUCGACACGAGGCAAAUCCAAACCCCCGGGGAGUGGUUCCACAGAAACCUGCUCACAAGCAGAUGUGGGAAAUCCAGAAAAUCCAGCAGCUGCAGAGUCUUCACCCAGAGUUAACCCAAAGAACGAAGGAUCAGGGGUGUCCACAAACACCGACGCUGAACCCAGAAAGGCUUCAUUUGGUUUUGGACAAACAAGUCCACAGCUGUUGUGGGUGCAGGAAAAGGAAAUCGGAGCUUUACCUCCUCCUGACGUUGAGGAGGACAGCUUUGCUCAGCAAGCAGGACAGGUGAUCCAGGCAGGAUGGGGAGCUGUGGUGCGCUGGGGGGGCCGGCUGAGCCAGAACCUGGCUGAACUGAGCCUGUCUGCAGGAAGAAAGGAGGAAACCCCGGCAGGAAGUGACUACAGUCCCGUCAGCAGCAGCAGCAGCGCUCCGGUCCCCUGGAGUCUGGGUCGACUCUUCGGAGCCUCUAAAAGCCCCAACAGUCCGACCGGUCACCUGCUGCCGUCUCGGCGUCCGUCUCAGUGGUUGGCUCCUGGAGUCACAGCUCUGACCCAGAUGGUGAGCAGCAGCUCAGCUCCCAUCCUACGCAGAACUCCUGAGCCCCGGGGAGGAGGCCCACCUGAACCAGGAAAACACACCAACACAGAUGAGGCGAAGGACAAACCCAAACCACUCAGGUUCGUUCGGACGCUGUGCGACCACACGGGGACGGGUGCGGAGCUCAGCUUCUGCAAGGGGGAGGAGCUGGUGGUGUUGGGAGGCGUUGAUCACGACUGGAUUCGUUGUCGUCAGGGGGAAAAGGAGGGGCUGGUACCUAUUGGCUACACCUCCCUCAUCAUGUGACGUUGGCACUAAAACUUCUGCACUAAUACAGUACAAAAAGAAAUAAAUACAUAUGAAAUAUAUACAUAUAUCUAUAUUUUGGGUGAGUAUUGAGAGGUUGUGGGGGCGUGGCACUACUCUUAGAGGGAUACUUUACGCUGGUUUGAUUACAGUUUGAGUUGAGAGCAUAACGCCAUCUGCUCUGCUUUGCUUUCAUCACGUCUUUAACCCUCUCCUGUGAACAUAUGGGAUGUUUUCCCUUUGCAGUCCAUCCAGUUCGGUAGCUAAUGGGUUUCAGCAGCGGGAGGACGGCAGAUGGUGUGAAAUAAUGACUCGACUCAAAUUUAGAUCGUCUUUGAGCGAACUAUCCCUUUUUAAUGUCUUUCCUGAUGUCUGCCCUCCAUGUCAGCCACUGAUCUAAAACUGAAAACCUGUCGACUCGAGACAAAUCGUGACAAACGUUUUCAGGAUUCGAGUGUGGGACACCUGGGCUGUGCGAGGCAGGUGAUUAAAUGGAGAGAGCAUGUUAGAGUACUGCAGCUCCUGGUGCGUACUGCGUGUCCAUAUAGUGAAUUGUUGCUGUGUAGAUCUGUGUUUUACUGACCUUUCACACUUCUCAACCUCUCAUCUUUGGCCUGGUUUUUGUGUUUGUGUAUUUCUGCUAACAUAUUUGACAGUAUAUAAAUAUAUAUAUAUAAAUACAUAUAUUAAGAAUCUAUGUGUAUAGCUAAAUAAAGUGAGAUUGAUAUUUACAAGAUAGGUGGAAAAGGUAGCUGUCAGUGGGUUUAGUGUGGGAGUGAUUGGUUCAUUUUUACAUGUGCGACUUGCCUCACGCAUCAAGUAAAUGUCCUGCAAAUGUUUAACCCAAGUAUAAAAUCCAGUAUCUUCC